GUCGAUCGGUCGCACUCUGCUUAACACUUGACGGUACAUUCUGUUUCCUAUUGAAGAGAGUUAAAGCUUGUCUUGUAUGGUACAGUACAGGUAAACGAGCUGUAAUUAUUUUUUAUGUCAUUUGAUUGUUGUUUUAGAAAACGAUUUCAUUUUAAAUUCAGCUUAAUUACAAAUUAUUUUAUUUGUUUUUUUAACCGAAAAGAUUUUUAGUUUCAAUUGACAGGUCAGUUCUAAAGUUAAUUCACAGUCGUUAGAAAGUAGCUGGUUUAACUCUCAUUUGAAUUAUUUCACUGAAUAUUUUUUUUUUUUUACGAAGGGAUGUGAGGUAUUUUAUUAUUAGUAUUAAGCAGUAAUUUCUUAGUUUCGAGAUUUCAAAAUCAAACCCAGAAGUGACAUAGUUCACAUUUAGACAGCCGUCUGUUUCAAACAAUUUUGAGCCUUGUAUACGAUUUGGUAAAAUGGUGCCCAUUGGCUUACCUCGUUAUAAACUUAAUGAGCAUCUAGAUUUUGUUUUUUUUUACUUGCCUUAUAUGGUUUUCCCAAUUACACGAGUGCUUUUCAAUCACAUAGUCUCUAACACCUUUAGGUUUUUCUGUUGUAACGAUUGUUAUUUUGUGGGGGGUGGGAGGGAAUGGGUGGUCUUUUUUUUAAAAUACAUGCAAUAGAUCUGAUAAUGAAAUCUUUGACAAAGAGUGGAAAGAUUUUUUUAAAAAAAUAUUUACGUUUUAGACGAAACAUGUUUCAUAGUUCUGAUGUAUUCCUUGUUGAAAUUAAUUAAACAUUAUCAAAUUUCUUCUGGUACAGAAGCACCAUAUAUUAGAUGGAAUUCACUGAGAGAGAUAUUAUGUUCAAUUUUGUUAUGAAAACUAUUCAUAUAAUAAAGUAUUAUUCAACUAAAUUUUCUAGAUUCUAGUUUCAGUAUCUCUUUUCUUUGAAAGUAACAAUGCAUAUUAGCGAGAUUCACGGAUUUAAUAAAUUAUAUAAAUCUCUUACCACAUAUUAUACGAGUAUAAGUCUCAUAAAUAAGUAGUCUAAUGAAACUAUUGGCAGGCUACUUAUUUGCAAACAAAAUUGAGACAUUCAAUAAUUUUUUUUUAUUAUUGUCUUAAACAGUAUUAGAUUUUAUGUACACUGUUUUUAAAUAUCUUAAUUGGUGCUUUCAUUUUUCCUUAAAUGUUAUUAAAAAAAUAUCAAAAUUUUGAUAUUUUACUUAUAUUUUUUUAAAUUCUAGAUUUUUUUCUAAAAUAUGGCAAAAACCACAGCGAACAAGGGAAAGGAUAUCGGUCUUCUGCUCAUCGGUAAAGCUGGAAGCGGGAAGAGUGCCACGGGAAAUAGCAUACUGAAGAAAAGAGUCUUCGAGAGUAAAGCAGCUAUGACCCGUGUUACAAAAUGUUUGCAAAUGGAACGUUCUACCUACAAGGGUCGUGUCCUCACCGUCAUAGAUUGUCCAGGAAUUGAUGAUGAGGAUCUAGAAGAUGAAUCAGCUCAUUUGUUGGUGAAAGAUGAAAUGAAAAAAGCCCUUGCGCUCAAUCCGCAAGGAUAUCAAGCUUUUUUGCUGGUUGUACGAUUCGGCGUGCGUUUCACAAAAGAGGACCUAGAAAUAGUUCAGAUCUUGAAAUCCACCUUUGGAAAUAAAUCUUUAAAACAAUAUUUAAUUUUGUUAGUAACACAUGGAGAUAACUUUGACACGAAAGUAAAUGGAAGCUUUAAAGAUUGGUGUGCGUCUCAAACAGGAGUUUUUAAAAGCUUAGUCGAUGAAUGUGGAAAGAGGGUUGUACUUAUAGAUAACUCAACGCAAGAUCCUGCUAAAAUUGACAGACAAAUCGAUCAACUUCUAUCAACGGUAGAUGGGAUGAAUGGAUCUGGUCCUUGUUACAGACUUGAAAACAAUGAAAAUCCCAAAAAGAAGAAGGAAGACUUAGCAGCUGAUUCAAAUCCUUCAUUAAAUAUAAAAGAAACCAAUGAAGAAUUUACUCUUAUCAUUCAAAAACUAGGCCACAUUGGUCUGGAAAAUCCAAAGAACCGUUUACAAGCUCUUGAAGAACUGGGGCAGAGGACGGCUAGAUUGAUGACCAGACUACUUGAACAAGACAAAGGUUCAUGCGAGUUGCAAGAAUAUAUAAGAAAUGUCCAGAAUAUACAAACUGCAAUCCAAGUGCAAGUCUCGGUCACUCAGGAGGUCGUAUUUUCCGAAGAAAUGAGACGGCAGCAACAAGCAGAGAUAGAAAGUUUAAGAGAAGAUCUGAAGUGUCUAAAGGAACAACAUGAAGUGUCUAAAAGAGAGACAGCCAGAAGAUUGAAUGAAAUUAAGCACAAAAUUUAAAUUACGAAUUAUGAGUUUCAAAUAAUUCCCAUUUCAAAG